CCUUGUUUUGUGGUUGAUAAAGAUGAAUCUUUUUUUCACUAACUUAUUAUUAGGCUGCUUAGUUUUGCUACGGAUGUGCUUGACAAUAUAACUUUAGGAAACUCUCCAACAGAGACCUCUGACAUCUCCUAUUAUCAUUCUUAGCUUCUGACUGUAAAAAUGAGCUCCAACACAAGCUUUACUUAGAGAUCGAUCCCAAAAAAAAAAGGUACCCUAUCUAAAUCUUUCUACAACAAUCAAACAAAAAAAACUCCCUCUUACCUUUUUUCCUCGUCAUUCCCUCCUGAAGCUUUGACCUAGCCGACGCCGCCGUAGAUCCUCCGGCCAUCAAAAACUCCUACGCAACCUCCGACGACCGCCGAUAAGAUGCCAAAGCAAAAUCCCAGAGAACUGAAUCCUUACAUGAGGAACAAUGGAAGUGGCUAUCCUGAUGAUGAAGAGCAAAUAAAGUCCAGCAAGGAUCAACUUUUGUCAUCUUCUGUAGUGGGGGAUGGUGGAGCAAGCUGGAGAAUGAAGGCUUUGAAGCGUGCGCAGGAGCAAGCAACACGUGAAGGGCGAAAUGUUAAAGAGGUUGUUCAAGAAAGGUGGGGAUCUCUUGGUCAUCUUGCAGCAUCUGUGGCAUCUCAGAGUGCUGCUGCUCCUCGUGCUCAUUUGCCUGCUAUAAAUUCUCGAAGGAUGGGAGCAUGUGGGGAAGCGAAACCAGGCUCAAACAAUAAAAGUAGAAGGGGUACUAAAAAGGUUUCAGGAGCAGGAAAAAAUCAAACACUUGCUGCUUGCAGCAAGAGGCCGAGGACAGUAGACAAGUAUUCAGCAUUUAAUUUGCCUAUUCCCAGCGAAAUUAUUUAUCAUAUAUUAUUACUCUUUCCUGCUUCAGUUCUUCAGGAGAUUGUGAGGUUCGUUUGCAAGGAGUGGAAUGCUAUAAUCAAUGACCCGCUCUUUAUUAGAGCCCACCUGCUUCAGUCCUUGUCAUCUCCUGCUACUACUGGUUUCCUUAUUCAAGACAACAACCUGCAUGAUGCUAAGCUAAAGCGGGCCUUUUACGUUCACCCAUAUGAUCGUGCUAUCAGUAUACUUAAGCUUCCAUUUGAAGCCACAAUUUUGGGUUCUUGUAACGGUCUACUCUUGCUUCAAAAUGCCAUCGUUCCAAAAAAAUUGUUUGUAGUGAAUCUCAUAACUAAAGCGCACAUCAGUCUCCCUCCCCUGCCCCUCACCGUGCCAAGGGCAGUUGUUCAUCCUAAACCUUUGGUUCAUCAUAAACCUUCUGCUGUUCUAGCAUUUGUGCCUUCUUCAGGUCAAUACAAAGUCUUAUAUGCUUGUUUCGUCUCCGAAUAUGAACAUCCACCAUAUCUUGAACCUGGGAAAUUCAAACUUAUGGUAUGGACAGUAGCUGUUGAUGAAACUUGGAGGGCCAUUGACUGUCAAGGCAUUACUAUGAGUAAUGAGGCAAAGAAGACACUAUUGAGUCACCCGUUUUCUAUUGCAGGAGGGUAUAUCUAUUGGUUUCAAACAGAUCACUAUCUUGGUUUUGCCUUGGAUAUAGAUGCUGAAACCAUGUAUCAAUUUGCGGGGCCAGUGUAUCAAUUUGCGCCAAAAAAUCGUACAAUGUACUUCAGUCGGACUUGCUGUAUACCGAUGGACACCGGUGCGGGUAUAAUACAUAUGCGAACCCCUCCUAAGUGUUGGAAAGUCUGGGAAAUGAUAGAACCGAAAACUGGUCCUUGGGGUAGAUGUACAAAUAUCGAUUCAGCUGGUAUGUAUUCGGCGCUUGAUAGACAUUUCCUUCCUUUAAGGUUUGGAGGCGCUAUACCUCUUUUUAUUAGUUUGAAAACUGGAGAGUUUUGGUUAUCUGGCAACGUGAGGUCCACGUCUAGCACUACUGUAGCGUUGGUUUGUUACAAUUGGAAGACGGGGAGUAUUUGGUCAUCUCCAAUUAAAUGGCAAAGACAUUUUGACCUCCCACUUCUCCACGUAAACAGCUUGCUAUCACUGAAGAAUCUCUAGUUGUGGAUAGGGGUGUUCAACAACUGGUCCAGACCCGAAAAAAUGGACCAAAUUGGACCAUACUGACCUCGGACCCCUACCGGUCCGGUCUUCGGGUUGAGAAAUUAAUUUUUUCGGUCUUCGGCCCGGUUCGGUCCAAAAUCCUAUAAAAACCAAUCUUUGACCAGAUCCUUUUUUUGCUUAAAACUAUGCAUAAAAUAUUUAAAAUAAUUAAUAUUGUUCUUAAUAAGUUAGGAAAACUAUAAGUUUAUGAGUUUUUUAGUAUUAGAUUUACAAAAAAAAGGGAAUAAAAUGAAUUUUCCUUUAUUUUUUUGCAUUUCAUAGUAUAAUUAAAAGGAAUUUAAAAUAUUACAAGCAUAUUCUAAAACUUGUUUGAAUCGGUUUGGUCGUCAGUUCUUAAAAUUUAAUUUUCUAGUCUUCAGUCCGGUUUUGGACCGAUGAACAACUCUAGUUGUAGAAAGGCAAUCACCGUGUGAAGUGCAAGUGUUGUGUAGUUCUAUGGAUACAUGCAUGUGGGACUGAAGACUCAAUAAUUGACGUUUAUGUUAAUUUUAUUCGUGUUCCCUCCCCUCCAACUUUUUGUUCAGGUCACUUGGACCUAAUGUUGUAUAAUUUGAUGUAGACUUGAUUGACAUCAUCAUAUAAGUUAUUUGUACUUCUCUUCCCCCAUUUGUUGUAACUGAUCACAUUGUACUUAUCAAUUCAAUGUUUGUGGAAUGAAGAUUCUUUUGAAUGAUA